GUUAUUUUUUGGUUGGUUGAAUGAGGAAAUGGUCCACCAAGGUCGAAACUCUUUCAAUUCCUCACAAACUCAGAGUCUCCUUCGCCUCAUAUUUCGCUCCCCUCAUUUCCAAAACCAUUGAAAUGACAAAAUGUAUAACAAAAAUACAAACAGAAAAGAAAACACAGAAGAAAAAGCCGUUACCAUCUCCCACCCCCAUGUCUCUUUCUCUCUUUAUUUCUUCCAUGACUUUCCCUUUGUCAAGCUCUUAGAAAACACCAUAGAUAUAUAUAUAUAUAUAUAUAUAUAUAUACAUAUAACAAUCCAUGCACACACCGGUUCAUUCCGGGGGCGGCUUCUUUCACUUCAUGACGAGAAGGAGGGUGUUUGAAAGCACAGAAGCACAAGAUGGUUAUCAAUUUGACAUGAUAAAAAACAAUGUGUUUUUUCGUAGGAAAGUGCGACAUUAUUUCCCGAAACUGUUGUGGCCAGGACGUUGGCUUUAUGGGAGCUUGAUGAUUGUAGCUUUUCUUUUCUUUCUUGCAAAGUUUGCCAUGUUAAGUACAUUUCAUGAAUUCCAUAUGUCGAGGGAAAAUGAUUUUCGAACCACGGUUGAAGAUGAAUCAAAAAUCACUAAUAAUAUUUUGGUUGAGGCACAAGAAGAGGGUAGUUUUACUCAGUUAUUGCCACCAGAGAGGUUCCAGAAUCCGGAUAUUUGGAUGCAGCCAGAUAGUGCUAAAUACCAUAAAUGCGUUAACCAAUCACCCAAGGAAGGAGGGAUUGGAGCAACAAAUGGUUACAUUCUUGUUCAUGCAAACGGGGGACUGAAUCAAAUGAAAACUGGGAUAAGCGACAUGGUUGCUGUGGCAAAGAUUAUGAAUGCCACUCUGGUUCUUCCUUCCUUAGAUCAUCGUUCCUUUUGGACAGAUCCAAGUGACUUUAAAGACAUUUUCAAUGUGGAGAAUUUCAUAGAAGUUCUAAAAGAUGAUAUCAAUAUUGUAAGGACUCUCCCACAAGAAGUUGCAAAAGUGAAGCCCUACACCAAGGCCCCCGUUUCUUGGUCCAAGCCCAGAUACUAUAGAGGGGAGAUACUUAACUUAUUAAAGAAGCACAAGGUGAUCAAAUUUACCCACACUGAUUCUCGCCUCACUAAUAAUGGCGUUGCUAGCUCCAUCCAAAAACUUCGAUGCCAUGCAAUGUAUGAUGCACUCAGGUUCACGACCAAAAUUGAAGAUCUUGCAAAGAAGUUGAUCAACAGACUUAGGAAUAACAGUAACCGGUACAUUGCUCUUCAUUUAAGAUAUGAAAAGGAUAUGCUUGCUUUCACAGGCUGCGAUCACAAUCUUAGCGAAGUUGAGGCUGAGGAGCUCCGGCAACUAAGAUACGGUGUAACACAUUGGAAAGAAAAAGAGAUUGAUGGCAAAGAGAGACGAUUACAAGGAGUAUGCCCCAUGACCCCGAGAGAGGUUGCUGUGUUGCUUGAGACAAUUGGUUAUCCUUCUGAUACAAAAAUUUACAUAGUUGCUGGGAAGAUUUACGGUCAAAAUGGCAUUGGACCACUGGAAGACAAGUUUCCCAAUGUGUUUUCCCAUUCCAAUUUAGCAACCGACGAAGAGUUAGAACCUUUUAAACAUCGCCAGAACCAGCUUGCUGCCUUGGACUAUAUUGUAGCACUAGAAAGUGAUGUUUUUGUUUACACCUACGAUGGAAAUAUGGCUAAGGCAGUCCAAGGUCAUAGGAGAUUUCAAGGAUUUCUGAAAACCAUCAAUCCUGACAAACAAAGAUUUGUGACAUUGAUUGAUAAAUUGGACAAGGGGCUGAUAUCUUGGGAAAGCUUUUCAACUAAGGUCAGAGUGUUACAUGAAGAUAGGAUUGGAUCACCAUACCCUAGGCUUGCUGGAAUUUCUUCAAGACAGGAGGAAAGUUUUUAUGCAAACCCUUUUCCUGGUUGCAUUUGUGAGAAGUCCGAACAGUAGAACAAGAAAUAGAAUUGAGGUCUAACACUCAGCUGAACUGUGGUUUGAAAAGAUAGGAUUUGCGCUCUUUGCUCCAACUGUAUAUUAUGCAAACCCCAUUGCUUCACUUUUUGCCAUUUAACUGUAUAUACGGCAUUUUUUGGCUGAUUAAGGCAUUUGGUGGGCUUUGCUUAAUAACUCUCCAGUCUAUAUCAUGUUAGGUAGAGGAGUUAGUCUGGACGAAGAAAAGGAUCCCAGAGGCUUAUAGGAAUUUAUGAUUUACUCAAAACAAUUUUUUUUCUUUCCAUUCGUUUCCCUGAAUCUUCAUAGAAGACCAUGAUGGGGAUUUUGAUGGCAUAUUUAAUUAUUUAUGUAAUAUGACAUAAGGUGUCAGAUUAAUGCAGAAUCUGAGCUGCAAGUAAAACGAAAUAAGUUACUGCU